AUGUCUCUCCUAUUUAAUUCAUCGUUGAAUAAAAUUCUUCUUUUAUUAAUUUUAUUUUCGACAAUGGAAAUGAAUGAAAGUCGUUUUGUUUGGGAUUUUGGUUCAUACUGUUUAAAUUAUUGUGCAAAAAUCAAAUAUAAAUUAGCUGCUGUUAGCAUUUGUUCAUGUCAUUGGAUAUCAUCGAAUCAUCGACGAUCAACCAUCAAUACUAUUUCAGAUAUUAACAACGAUGAUCCUUUAGAUAUAAAUACAUUUUUAAUUAAAUAA